GGCAACACCCCGGCGUCCCUAGAAGCGGGGAGCCGGGGUGGUGCUGGGGAAGCUGCACGGACACGGGAGCCAUCGUCCAGAGCCUCCCGGGGUGGGGGAAAGGUGUUCAAGCCCAGGCCAAUAAUGGCCGGACAACCCAUCCGCAUAGGGGACCAGCUGAUUCUGGAGGAAGACUACGAUGAGACCUACGUUCCCAGCGAGAAAGAAAUUCUUGAAUUUGCCAAAGAGAUUGGUAUUGACCCCACCAAGGAACCAGAACUGAUGUGGCUGGCAAGGGAGGGCAUUGUGGCCCCACUGCCCAUGGAGUGGAAACCGUGCCAGGACAUCACAGGUGAUAUUUACUAUUUCAACUUUGCCAAUGGGCAGUCCACGUGGGACCAUCCGUGUGACGAGCAUUAUCGGAACUUGGUGAUUCAAGAGCGGGGGAAGCUGUCAACUCCUGGGGCCGUUAAGAAGAAAGACAAGAAAAAGAAAAAGGAAAAGAAAGACAAGAAGGACAGGGAGACCUGUAAAAAUUCCCUGGCCCUGGGUUCCUCGUUAGCCCCAGUCCAUGCUCCUCUUGGGGGCCUGGCUCCUCUACGAGGCCUUGUGGAUGCCCCGCCUCCUGCUCUUCGUGGAUCUCAAAAUAUGAGCCUGGGGAGCUCAGCGGAGUCUGGGCAGCGUGGAGAACUGCUGCUUUCACAGGGUGUGAAGGCUUCCGCUCGAACCAGAGGUCUGCUGGGCUCCACCAUCCAGGAGGACAAGAGUACUCUCAGGAUUUUGGCUUUAGGGGAAGAGGCCAAUGAGGAGGAUGAGGAAGAAAGUGACAACCAGAGUGCCCGCAGCACAAGCGACCUUCUGAAGAACUUGCACCUGGACGUUGGGGCACUGGGGGCUGAUUUUGAGAAUAAGGAGUCUCUGAAGUCCAGCCAGCCGGAGAAGAAGGCUGUUUCCCUAGACUCAGAUGUUGCCGAUCCCCCUGCUCCCGGCCAGCUCUCCAGCCAAGGUGCGGGCAGCAGUCUGAGCAGUGCCCAUGGCAAAGAGCAGCAGGAGACAGGGGCAAGUCCUUGGCUGCCAGAGAAAGAGGAGAAUGAGAAGAGCGAUCCUGGUGCUUCCCUGAGUCUGCCGACUCCUGGAGUGGACCCUGGGGAUGAUCCGCCUGCCCGGGCCUCUGCGACGGAGCCACCGGAGGAUCCGGUGGGUGCCGCAGAGGAGGGUUCCCAAAGAGAGGAGGCAGCAAAGGAGCCAAAGAAGGAGGCCUCUGCCCGCAAAGACAACAGAUCAGACGACAGCGAAGAGUCAGAGAUCAGUGAACACAUGAAGGAACUGCAUCUCUCGGAUUCCAUGGACUCUGACUCCAAGCCCCUCCGUGGCCUGGAUUUCGGUUUCCGCAGCCGGAUCUCGGAGCACCUGCUGGAUGUGGACGUGCUUUCCCCAGUCCUGGACGGAGCCUGCUGGGAGGCCCAGAAGUUGGGACGAGAACACCAGGAUGACAGCCAGUCCAGCCGAGAGGAGCUGCAGAGCAGGCACUCCGGUGGCUUGGAGAGGUUGUCUCCUCCACUGCUGACCAGGGUGCGGCUCCAGAGUCCCCUUCAUAGCCAGGAUACGGAGGAGGGGCCUCUGCAGGCACCCAAGGGGCAGGAGGCAGCAGAACCUGGGGAGGAGUCCAUAACCAGUCCUGUGCCGCUGAUGUUCCUCCAGAGGGAACAGGCCCCAAGCCCGCCUGCUUCCCAUGAGAAGGGCACGGAGCAGCGCUCCCAGGCUGAGGAGCUGGGCCCUGGGCAGGAAGAGGCCGAGGAACCUGAGGAGAAGGUGGCGGUCAGCCCCACCCUGCCAAUCUCGCCGGAGGUGCCAUCUACAGAGCCCGCGGCUCCUCCACAGCAGCCCUCGGAGGCUGCACUAAAGGCCGUGGAAGAGGCAGCGGCCCAGGAAACUGAACAAGACCAGAGGCGGCUGCUGGAGCUGAAGCGGAGGAAGAUGGAGCAGCUGCAGGAGAAGCUGCGGCAAGAGGAGGAAGAGGAGGUCAUCCAGCUUCGCCAGCAGAAAGAGAAGUCUCUCAGUUCCCUGAAGGAGCAGCUGCAGAACGCCACCGAGGAGGAGGAGGCUCGGAUGAGGGAAGAGGAGAGCCAGAGGCUGUCCCGGCUCCGAGCACAGCUCCGCUCCAGCACAGAGGCAGAUGAGGACCAAAUCAGGGCCGUGCAAGAGGCUUCCCUGCAGAGGCUGAGAGAGGAGCUGGAGUCUCUACAGCAGGCGGAGAGGGCCGCCUUGGAACAGCAGAGCAGGCAGAAGCUGGAGCUGCUCAGAGAAGAGAUGGCGGCUCUGGAGAAGGGCGAGCAGGCUGCCCUGAGAGCGGAGACGGAGGAGGCUCUGCGGCAGCUGAGGGAGCGGCUGCAAGGGGAGCGCAAAGACGCAUUGGCAAGGCUGGAGCAGGAGCACAGAACUGAGCUAGAGCAGCAGCGUUCCUCGCUGGAGACCAGGCACCGGGAGGUGCUGUCCGGCCUGCAGAAGAAGAUUGAGGAAGCUCAACAGAGAGAGGAGGCUGAGCUGCGGGAGAGCCUGGGGAAGGCAGAGCAGAGAGCUUACCAGAAGCUUCACCAAGUGAUUGAGUACGAGCAGGAGCUCAGCAGCCUCCUGCGGGAGAAGCGCCAGGAGGUGGAAAGGGAGCACGAGAGGAAGCUGGACAGGAUGAAGGAGGAGCACCAGCGAGCGGUGGCUGAGGCCAGAGAGCAGUACGAAGUGGAGGAGAGGAAGCAGCGGGCUGACCUGCUGGCACACCUGACGGGAGAGCUGGAGCGCCUGCGUCGGGCCCACGAGCGAGAGCUGGAGACCCUGAGGCAGGAGCAGGACAAGCAGCGCGAGGACUUGCGGCGCCGGCAGCGGGAGCAGGAAAGGAAACUUCAGGAUUUGGAGGUGGAGCUUGAAAUAAGAACCAAAGAUGUCAAGGCCAAGUUGGCUCAGCUGGACAUGCAGGAGAAGACGGCCCGGAAGGAGAAGCAACAGCUGCUUGACGUGCAGAGGCAGGUGGCUCUGGAGAGAGAGGAAGCCACAGCUACCCAUUGGCACCUGGAGGAGGCGAAGAAGGAGCACACCCAGCUGAUGGAGUCGAGCCGGCAGCUCCGAAGGGUGCUGGAUGAGCUUCAGGCUCGCAAGCUGGAGCUGGAGUCCCAGCUGGAUCAGCUGCAGGCACAGAGUCAGAGGCUGCAGAGACACGUGAGCAGCCUGGAGGCUGAAGUCCAGAGGAAGCAGUCCACGCUGCAGGAGCUGGCGGCCGAGGAGAGUCACCAGGCUGCUCCACGUUUUGAGCCCAGUCUCCGCAUUGAAGACCUGAGGAAAUCCCUUGGGACAAGCCUGGCCAAAGAGGCAUCCUCUUUCUCCCAGAGCAAGGAGGAGAGCACCUUGUCCUUGGACAGCGUCCGGCACUAUCUCUCUGCCGAAGGGAUAGCCCUCCGCAGUGCCAAGGAGUUCCUGGUGCAGCAGACACGCUCCAUGCAGAGGCGGCAGACGGCUCUGAAGGCCGCCCGGCAGCACUGGCGCCAGGAGCUGGCCAGUGCUCAGGAGGUGGCCAAAGACCCGCCAGGCUCCAAGGCCCUGGAAGAUGUGCGCAAGAACCUGGAGGAGGAGACCAGACACCUGGAUGAGAUGAAGUCGGCCAUGCGCAAAGGCCGUGACCUGCUGAAGAAGAAAGAGCAGAAGCUGAACGAGCUGGAGUCUUCCCUUCGAGAAGAGGGCAAGGGGGUAGCAAGUCCCUGGGGAGCAGCGGUGAAGACUAGCACGUCUGCCCAUCAGGCCUCCGAUGAGGACACUCUGAGAGGAGCCCCCACCAAGAAGGUGGUGACCUUUGACCUCAGCGACGAGGAGGAAGAGAGCAGUGAAAGUUGUGACUCUUCCUCCCUGCCUCCUGUGACGCCAGCCCCGAGUCCCAUCUUGCCCACCAAGAUCCAUCACUUGAGCAGCUCCCUGCAGCGCAUCAGCAGCGAGCUGAACGGGGUCCUCAGCAUGCUGGGCAGUCUCAGCACGCCGCCGCCGCCGCCGCCCUUCACCUCCACGCCCGCCCCGUUCUCAGCCCGGCCCUCCAAGAGCAUCCCCACGCCUGCCUACCCCUCCCUGGCCCCCAUCUCGGCCGCGUCUCCUGUUUCGCCCGUGUCCACCUCCUGGGCCUGGGACCCGGGGCUGGGCCCCAGGCUCUCCUCCUCCGUGGCUCAAACAGUGGACGACUUCCUGCUGGAGAAGUGGCGCAAGUAUUUUCCAUCUGGCAUCCCGUUGCUCAGUAACUGCCCGCCCCCGCUGGAGAACAAGCUGGGCUACGUGUCUGCCAGUGAGCAGCUCCGCUUCCUGCAGCGCCCCCAGUCCCAGGUCCCCGAGGCCGGCAGCACCAACUUCCAGGGCAUCAUCGAGGCUAACCGCAGGUGGCUGGAACAUUUCCGGAAUGACCCCAAGUCACAUCUCUUCUCCGUGCCCAAGCCAGCAGCCACUGUGGGCCUGCUACAGCUGGGGCUGGAUGAGGACAAGACCCUGAAGGUGUAUCGCUACUGAGGCCCCGAGCCGGCCUCCCGCACACACAGACCAAGUGCCUGCGGAGCUGCCUGCACUUUAUCCCCCUGAUCCGGCGUCCUCCUGUCCCCUUGCCGCCUGCCCUGCUCGGGGCUGGGAGGACCCGCGGGGGCCAGGGCUGCACGAGGACAGGCGGCAGCAACGGUAAACCACAAGCCACGGCUUCUGUGACCACGCGGCGUGGCUCAGGCGGACAUGCGGCGACCUCGUGGGCUCUGGCGAAGGCACGGCAGCGCUGCAGGUGUGCGGCAGCUGGGGGCAUUGGGGACCUGGGCCCGGAGGGUGGCAUCAGAGGAGCUGCCUCCCGAGGCCACGGGGAUCUGGAGCCGAGCUGCUCCCUGGGGCCACUAGGACCAAGUGCCCCUGCCUGUCUGUGCCCCGCGGCCACACCGUGUCUCCGGUACCUCAGCCCGGCGGAGGUCAGACCCUCCCGUUCUCAGCGGCUGCUCCCCACCUCUCCUUUCCACCCUCUCAGGGCUGGGCUCGGCCACCAGAGCCCCACUGUGGCUGCUGGGGGCUGGGCCCCAGGAAGCUCCGCUGCCUCUCCCUCCGCCCCCUGUCCGAGCACUGUGCUUUCCCCGGGGCUCAGGAGUGCCCGCCUCUCCGCCGCGCCAGCAGCCCGCAUCUCAGGUCUCACGCACACUUCAGGAAGCCAGAGAGCCCCAGGGAGAGGCUGGGUGGCUUCUGGCCUUCACUCUCCUCCAUGAGGAGGCCUUGGGUCUGUGCACAGGUUCACAGCUCCGUCCCUGCUGCCUGUCCCACCCCCUGCCCCAUGCCACGGCCGCCUCUUCCCAGAGCCCUGCAGCGAGGGGCCUCCCGCCAGGCGGAGCGGCUGCCGUGCUGGCGCAGCUUCCUGUGGCACGCGCCUCGGGGGCUCCGGCCCGUUGUCUCAACAAAAUGCCCCCAUUUUUCUUCUCUUGAAAGCUGUGGGGCUGCCCCUGUGGCCUCAAAGCUAGCUGUCUCCGCCCCGCCCCUCAUUUCGUUGCCAUGGAAAAAGAAACUGAGAUCCCCUUGGCUUUUCUACCCCCUCAGGUACUUUGACCGCACAGAGAAAGCCCAUUUUGUUACUUGGCUCGUUGUAUGUGCUUUGGAAUCGCUCAUGUGGUACGACCAACUCUGGUGACAAUCCUGUGUGUUCUGCAUCAAUUAAACCUCUGCGGGUCCUUUUUCUA